AGCUAGCGUGCGUCUGUGCACUGCAUUUUAAAUAUGCUGCCAGUUAACAUCUGACCUGCGUUGGUCUGCAGACAGGGGUCAGACGCUGCCUGUGGUAAACCUGGGGGAAGACAAGGGAAUCAGGCCCAUGCACAGGGUCCCAGUGGGGCAGGCUCCCCUGUCUCAAAUGCACCAGCUCUUGCUUUCUGCCAGUCAUUCAGAGCCAGGAGUUUGAAAGGAAGAAGGAAGGAGCAAGCUGUGUGCCUGGGGGACAGGACCUCAGGAGGGCAGCUCUGCUGGGAGCUGGGGCAGUCAAGUGCCAAGGCAGAGGGGUUUGGGAUCAUGAUGAAACUGCCAGCCCAGGGCCACCCACCCUCUAAGGAAGGGGAGGGAAGCAACUGUUCCACCCCCACUUAGCCACCUGCCCCUUCCAGAUGCAUGCUGCCAUGGCUCAAUGUCUGAACCACAUUGCAGGAGCUUCUGGUGCCCAGGGCUUCUUACCCCAGAUGGCUGACAAAAAACUGAUAGUUGUCUUUGGAGCAACAGGUGCUCAGGGGGGCUCUGUGGCCAGGGCUUUGCUUGAAGAUGGGACCUUUCAGGUUCGAGUGGUCACAAGAAACCCCAGGAAGAAGGCUGCAGUGGAGCUGAAGCAGAAGGGAGCUGAGGUGGUGAAGGGUGACCAGGAUGAUGAGCAGACGCUGGAGCCAGCCCUGAAGGGAGCAUAUGGAGCCUUUGUUGUGACAAACUACUGGGAGCACUGUAGCAAGGAGAAGGAGGUUGCACAGGGCAAGCUGUUGGCUGACAUGAUGAAGAGGCUGGCCCUGUGCUAUGUGGUGUACAGCGGCUUGGAGAAUGUGAACAAGCUGAUGGAGGGCCGGCUGGAGGUACUUCACUUUGAUGGCAAAGGCGAGGUUGAGGAGUACUUCCGGAUGAUUGGUGUCCCCAUGACGAGCGUCCGGCUGCCCUUCUACUUUGAGAACUUCCUCACGGUCUUCCGACCCCAAAAGGCCCGUGAUGGGGAAGACUAUGAGCUGGCUAUCCCCCUGGGAGAGACUCCCAUGGCUGGCAUGGCUGUUGCUGACCUGGGGCCUGUGGUGGUUCACCUGCUGAAGUCUCCAAAGGAGUAUGUAGGCCAGGACCUCGGGCUCUGCACUAGCAAGUUCACUGUGGAAGAGUAUGCUGCCACCUUGUCGAGACACACCGGGAAGGCUGUGAAAGAUGCCAAGAUCUCAGCUGAGGAUUAUGAGAAGCUUGGCUUCCCUGGGGCCCAGGAGCUGGCUAACAUGUUCCGGUUCUACGCUAUGAAUCCAGAUCGCAAUAUGGAGCUAACCCUGAAACUUAACCCCAAGGCCAGAACAUUUGAUCAGUGGCUGGAAGACAACAAAGUCAACUUCAAAACUCUCUGAGCCUCUGUGCAACAGAAACUAUUCUAUGAUCUGGAUUUCAGCAAAGCUCACUCUCCCUAAGGAGCUCAAGAUUAGACUGAGUUAAAUACAUAUCCCUUUGCUUUUACACUGUUGUAAUUAAAGCUGCACUUACCUGACCAACCAUUGCAACACCAGGAAGUCACAUCAAUGUGCACGGAGGCUUCAGAGACAAAGCCAAGGUUUUCUAAAAGUCAAGCAGCUAUAAUUAACCCUUUACGUAUACAGCUUGUGGUUUAACUGAAUUAGAGAUAUGAAGCGGAUUUUUAUAGCUGGUGAUUCCUGAGCUUCCAAGAGGGCACAAAUGGAGAGUUAACAUUUUCACACAGGCUAUUCUCAAAGCUUAUGCAGGUGUGACAGGCUAGCCAGUGGCAGCUUGGCCCGGGGGGGUUGGAAAAGUAAAAAAAUUAUUGGUGGGGGGGACUCCCUUUUCUCCACCAAUCAGGCCCCUGGAGAAGAAGAAGGCUGCCCCUGCCCCCUCACCCAGGGGCCAGGUAGAGCCUGGACCUGAGCAAAGAUUCACUUCUCACGUCUCCAGAUGGGUCCCGACGGCCACCUGGGGGGGAUAAAAGGGGCAGCACACCUGGCUCCGAGGAGAAACAACAAGGGACAAAGGAGAGGAGUCCUGAAGAGCUGGUAUGAGUUGGCCAGCAGGGUGGAGCAGUUGCCCCAGAAGAGCCCUGGAAGCUGCAGGAGGUGGCUCGGCUCGGUAGCUUGGCACAUGGGGUGGUGCGCAGUGAGUCUCCAGUGGGGAGCCAGGGCCUGGGAGACGCAGGAGGCAGCUCAGCUCAUUUGGAGCACUGUGCAGGGCAGAACACAGUGGGUUUGAGAGGAACCCAAGCCCCGAGCUGCAGGCAGCAGCUUGGGCCCUUUCUUUCUUUUUCUUUCUAUCCCUUGGCAUGAGGCCAGAAGGAUCCUGGAGGGACUAGAGCCCUGGAGCUGCAAACAGUUGCUCAAGCAUUGAUGGCUCUGUGGUAGAGGUCUUGCUAGCUACAUGGAAGACCUGGGUUCAAUAUCUGCCCAAGGCACCAGAGAGGUGUGAAGAGGGAAUCCUC